AUGAUUACAUGUCAUAUGCUAUUUUCAUACUUAAUUAGAAAAGCUGUACAACAACGAAUUGGUCUAUGUCUCCAAUGUCGACGCCUCUUAUCCACUGCAACUCAAGUAGAAACUCCACAUUCACCGCUAGUAGAUUCCGAAAUAUCAGCAUCACAAUCAAAUUCACCUCUGUCUAACAGUCAGUCUACAAAUGAAAAUGAAUGGUUAUGGGCAUAUUUACGUGAUAGACAAACAUUUGCUAAUUUGAAUGAAGAACAAAAACGUCAUGUGAUUGAAUUGGAACUACAAACACUACGAGAAAGUGGAGAAAGAGUGCCGGAAAGCGUACCAGAUGAAAAAUGGCCUGAAUUACUAGCAACACCAUUGCUUGAUAAUCGAAAAACUUUAUACGGAUAUUUAUUUUUACGUGAGUUCUACAAGAGAAAACGUGCAGAAAACGUAGCAGCAAAUGAUGUACGUCGUAUAGAGUCAGCAAAAAGGCGUUCAAAAUUAAUAGCCGAAGGGAAAGUUCCCACAAACUAUCCAGGUUAUUCAACAAUAUUUCGUCAUCUUGGUCGACAACAUGAGAAAUUAAUGCGUGAACAAAAACUACUGAUUUCUGCUCGAUUAAAUGACAUUGUUAUUAUUGAUUGUGGUUUUGAAGGAGAACAUGCACGUGAACGUUAUCUUGGGAAUCUUGUUGAUCAACUUCAAUAUUUGUAUGCAGACAUUUCUAAAUUCCAUUCACCAUCAUUUGUUUAUCUCUGUAAUUUAAUGAAAGAUGGACGAUUACAUUUUGAAUUUAAUAAACGAUCACCAUUAGAAAGUUUAUGUUUUGAAGCAACAGAACUAUCAUAUUUAAAUUUAUUUCCUAAAGAUAAGCUAAUCUAUCUAACACCCGAUUCACAAAACGAAAUGCUUGAAUAUGAGCAUGAUGCAAUUUACAUCAUCGGUGGAAUCGUAGAUUUAACUGGAAAGAAGCCAUUAACAUUUGGAAAAGCAAAACGUGAACAAAUUCGUCAUAUGCGUUUUCCAAUUGAUCGAUAUCUUAAAUUCGGUGGUGGGAGUGGUAAAACAUUAACAUUAGAUCAAGCAUUUAAUAUUCUACAAACAAUGAAACAUACCGGAAACUGGCAUGAGUCAUUUAAAUAUAUUCCCAAUCGAAAAGUGGCUGCUAGAUAUACGGACGCUGAUGAAGCGAAGAGGCUGGAAUAUGAGAAAUUUGGACGAUGGACCGGUCUGGGCAACAUAAGAAAUCUUUAA